UCCGGUAGAUUGCAGUUCCGCCAUGGCCUCCCACAGCGACAUCCCGAACCGUGCAGGGUCCCAGCGAAGAAGAGCGAAGGAGGCUGAGGCGGAGGCUGCAGGAGCGGAGAAGUACUCGGUGCUUCUCCCCACCUACAAUGAACGAGAGAACUUGCCUCUCAUCGUGUGGUUGUUGGUGAAGAGCUUCGAAGAAAGUGGAAACAACUGUGAAAUUAUAGUCAUAGAUGAUGGAAGUCCAGAUGGAACACAAGAAGUUGCUAAACAGUUGGAAAAGAUCUAUGGGUCAGAUAAAAUUCUUCUAAGGCCCAGAGCUAAAAAGCUAGGACUGGGAACAGCAUAUAUUCAUGGAAUACAACAUGCUACAGGAAACUUCAUUAUUAUUAUGGAUGCUGAUCUUUCACACCAUCCAAAGUUUAUUCCAGAGUUCAUUAGGAAGCAAAAAGAAGGUAAUUUUGACAUUGUUUGUGGAACUCGCUACAGAGGAAAUGGAGGUGUCUAUGGCUGGGAUUUGAAGAGAAAAAUUAUCAGCAGAGGAGCCAACCUCUUCACUCAAAUUUUGCUGAGGCCAGGAGUAUCAGACUUAACUGGAAGUUUCAGGCUAUACCGAAAGGAAGUUCUACAGAAAUUAAUGGAAAAAUGUGUUUCUAAAGGAUAUGUCUUCCAGAUGGAGAUGAUUGUUCGAGCUAGGCAACUGAAUUUUACUAUUGGAGAGGUUCCAAUCUCAUUUGUGGAUCGAGUUUAUGGUGAAUCGAAGUUGGGAGGAAAUGAAAUAGUCUCCUUUUUGAAAGGACUGUUGACUCUGUUUGCCACUACAUAAGACGACACUAUUCAUUUUAUAUUUAAAUUAUCAUGUUCAUUUCAUUUUAAACAUAAGACAAAAGACCUGGUUGGUGAUUUUUAAAUUGUACUCUUAAACCAUAAACAGUAAGGUAAGGUAAAUUUCAUAUGCACCUUAAUUUUUUUUUCUGGAGGUCUGUUUCACAUCCAUGUAAAGAAAGAAGAAAUAUUCUUUAUGUCUGUUUACAGUUGUAAUAAGAUUUAUAAAUAAAUUUUAUAAGACAUG